CAAAAAUGUAGAUGAGUAUUUUACAGAGCAUAUUUAAGCAGCAAAAGGUUGAUAAAGCCCAAAACAGAUAAGACUAAUAAGAAGAUGAUGGAAGCAUUUCGGUUUUUUUCAUUUGCAUUUCUUCUUCUUCCUCUUCUUCUUCUUCUUAAUGUUUCCUUUGCAUUGCCAACCUCCGAUUCAGUCUACGACACAUUUCUCCAGUGUCUACAAAAACACACAAACCAAUCCGAACAAGAAGUCUCCAACAUACUUUAUGCCCAAACAAACGCUACCUACUCCACUGUGCUUUUCAAUUACAUAAGAAACGCACGCUUCAACACCUCCACUACCAAAAAGCCUCUGCUCGUCGUCACCCCAUCUCUCGAAUCCCAUGUCGGAGCAGCCGUGAUUUGCUCCAAAACCAACGGAUUGCAAGUCAGGAUAAGAAGCGGUGGCCAUGACUACGAGGCAGUCUCCUACGUCUCCGACGUGCCGUUUAUCGUCCUCGACAUGUUCAAUUUGAAGAACAUCGCCGUCGAUAUCGACGACGAGUCGGUUUGGGUUCAGGCCGGCGCUACUCUCGGAGAACUUUACUACAGUAUUUCCAACAAGAGCAAGGUCCAUGGCUUCUCCGCCGCUAUUUGCCCCACCGUCGGCAUCGGUGGACACAUCACCGGGGGAGGGUACGGCACCAUGUUGCGGAAAUUCGGCUUGGCCUCUGACAAUAUUCUCGACGCCAAGAUUGUGGACGUCAAUGGGAAAAUCCUGGAUAGAAAAUCAAUGGGGGAAGACCUUUUCUGGGCAAUCAGAGGAGGAGGAGGAUCGAGUUUUGGAGUCGUAUUGGCGUACAAAUUGAAGUUGGCUCGUGUGCCCGAAACGGUCACUGUUUUUCGGACCGAAACGACGUUGGAUCAGAAUCCAACGACGACUGACAUUGUGUAUAAGUGGCAAGAAGUUGCUCCCAAUACCGACGACGGUCUUUUCAUGAGGAUGCUUCUGUCGCCUGUGAGUUCGGAAGUGAAGGAAGGCGAAAAGACAAUUAAAGCCUCGGUUAUGGCCCUGUACCUUGGAACAGCUGACCAAUUGGUUUCGUUGCUGGAUAAGGAAUUUCCUGAACUGGGUUUGAAGAAGAAGGACUGUACGGAACUGAAUUGGAUUGGUUCAAUGCUAUGGUGGAACAAAUUCGACAAUGGAACUUCCCCCGAUGUGUUGCUGGACCGGAAUCUCAACUCGGCCCCUUUUCUUAAAAGGAAAUCGGAUUAUGUUCAGAAACCAAUUCCCAAAGAAGAGUUGGAUGGGAUUUUCAAGAAGAUGAUCGAAUCGAGCAGAGUUGGCUUCAAUUUCAACCCAUAUGGUGGAAUAAUGAGCCGAAUCUCUGCUUCCGAGACACCAUUUCCACACAGAGCAGGUAAUUUGUACAAAAUACAGCACUCUGUGAAUUGGGAUGAAGAAGCGGACGAAGCUAAUUGUACAGCACAGAUAAGGAGUCUUUACAGUUACAUGACGCCAUUUGUGUCAAAGAAUCCAAGAAGUGCUUUUCUGAAUUACAGAGACCUUGACAUUGGAAUCAAUACCCAUGGCAAUGAUAGCUAUCAACAAGGGAUGGUUUAUGGGUUGAAGUAUUUCAAUGACAAUUUUCAGAGAUUAGUGAAGGUAAAGACUGCAGUUGAUCCGGACAAUUUCUUCAGGAAUCAACAGAGUAUCCCAACUCUUCCCAACUAAGGCAUAGGAAAAUUUGGCUUUCCCUUUUGCUCGAAUUAAUUUUUAUUUUCAUUUUUUAUCUUUUAUUUUUUUUAAUAAUCUUUUGGAAAAUAAAAUCUGAUUGUCUUAUGGUCAAAGGUCAAGAAUUCAGGAUCUUGUAUUAGUGCUAUGUCAAAAAAUUAAACAGAGACUAUAUGGUUUGCCCAAAAAAAAAAAAAAAAUGAGACUGCAUGGGAAUGGGAUUAGAUAAAUGCUGGAUUAUAUGGAGUUGAAUA